AUAAACCAAUCCAUAAUCACCAAACCACCCUCCGGCCACCAAACCUUGACCACGCGUAUAAAGGACCUUCUCUUUUUACAACCUUUAUUCCAAUCCGAAGCCCAUUUCUCUCUCUAAACUUUCUACUCUUUGUACGAAAUUAAACAAGAAUAUUUUCCGAUGGAGCCGGAAAAGGAAUCGGAGAUCAUUUUCCGAUCAAAGCUGCCGGAUAUUUACAUACCCAAACAUCUAACUUUACACUCGUAUUGUUUUGAAAACAUUUCAGAUUUCAGCGACCGCCCAUGUCUUAUCGAUGGCGCCACCGGCCAGGUUUACACCUACGCUGAGGUCGAGCUCACAUCACGAAAAGUGGCUUCUGCUCUUCACAAACUAGGCAUCGGCAAGGGCGAUGUCAUCAUGAUUUUGCUUCAAAACUCGUUUGAAUUUGUUUACUCUUUCCUCGGUGCUUCCUACCUUGGCGCCAUCUCCACCAUGGCCAAUCCUUUCUUCACCGCUGCUGAGAUCAUCAAGCAGGCAAAGGCGUCCAGCGCUAAGAUCAUCAUCACCCAAUCCUCACAUGUACCGAAGGUGAAGGAAUUCGCGUCGGAUAAUUCAAUCAAGGUUGUUUGCAUCGAUUCGGCUCCUGAAGGUUGCUUGCACUACUCGGAAUUGACCUCCGGUAACGAGACCGAAUUACCGGAGGUUGAGAUCUCGUCUGAUGACGUGGUGGCGCUUCCGUACUCCUCCGGGACCACGGGACUGCCAAAAGGAGUUAUGUUGACUCACAAAGGACUCGUGACGAGCGUAGCACAGCAAGUCGACGGAGAGAAUCCGAAUCUAUGGAUCCACAAAGAAGAUGUGCUGAUGUGCGUGUUACCGCUUUUCCACAUAUACUCGUUGAAUUCGAUUUUGUUGUGUGGGCUACGCGCCGGAGCUGCCAUCCUAAUAAUGCAGAAAUUCGAGAUAGUUCCGUUUCUGCAACUAAUCGAGAAGUACAAAGUGACGAUCGGGCCAUUCGUGCCGCCGAUCGUGCUGACAAUUGCGAACAACGAAGAAGUGGUGGAUAAAUAUGACCUGUCGUCGAUAAGAACAGUGAUGUCCGGCGCGGCGCCGUUAGGGAAAGAGCUUGAAGAUACUGUUAGGAUCAAGUUUCCUAAUGCGAAGCUUGGACAGGGUUACGGUAUGACUGAGGCCGGACCGGUGCUAGCCAUGUGCUUGGCCUUCGCGAAGGAGCCAUUUGACAUCAAGUCCGGAGCAUGUGGCACCGUGGUCCGUAAUGCCGAGAUGAAGAUUGUAGAUCCCGAUUCCGGUGCUUCCCUUCCCCGGAACCAACGUGGCGAGAUUUGUAUCCGGGGUGAUCAAAUCAUGAAAGGUUAUGUUAAUGACCUGGAGGCGACUAAGGCGACUAUAGACUCCAAGGGUUGGUUACACACCGGUGAUGUAGGUUACAUUGAUGACGAUGAUGAGCUUUUCAUUGUGGACCGGCUUAAAGAGUUGAUCAAAUACAAAGGAUUUCAAGUAGCACCAGCCGAGCUUGAAGCGUUGUUACUAACUCAUCCCGACAUCUCUGAUGCUGCAGUUGUCCCUAUGAAAGAUGAAGCAGCCGGAGAGGUUCCAGUUGCAUUUGUGGUGAAAUCCAAUGUAGACGUUACAGAAGACGAUAUCAAGCAAUUUAUUUCCAAACAGGUGGUGUUUUACAAAAGAAUAAAGCGGGUGUUUUUUAUUGAAGCAAUUCCAAAAUCACCAUCAGGGAAAAUACUUCGCAAAGAGUUGAGAGCAAAACUUGCAGCCGGCGUUCCAAAUUAAAUGAUACGGCAUCAAUCAUUAAAUUGAGGGUUGAAAUUUGGUAAGGAUUGCGUCUUGCUGUUGAUGGGUCGAAAUUAGAAUGUUGUCUGUAUAUCAACUCUUUUUGAAGAUAAUGUUUUUAAUAAAAUAAUAUUAUUUAUACUUUA